CCUUCCUGCUCUCGCCGCUCGGCGGCCUCAUGGUGGCCGAAGCCGUGCUUGGCUUAUUGACGUGGGCUCUUAUUGCUGACACGACGUACUACCUCCACGCAGCCUACGGCUGGGUCAUGUUCGUGGCCAUCUUCUUCUGGAUAUUGACGGUCAUUUUCUUGGUGAUCUACCUGCUGCAGCUUCACUUGAAAUUCCACAUCGUUCCCUGGCCCCUCGUGCUACUGAUCUUCAACGCGACGGCCACCGUGCUGUAUAUCACGGCUUUCGUGACGUGCUCCGCGGCCAUCAAGCCGACGUCGUGGCGCCAGUGGGACUACAACAGGAGAGCCGCGGCCGCUUUCUUCGCCUGCCUCGUGAUGGUGGCCUACGGGGCCAGCACCUUCUUCAGCUUCUGUGCCUGGAGAGGGCUCGGCAGCAACGCUGCCACCAGCCAAGUGACCAACCGUGCCUGAGGGAGCAGCAGGCGGCUGGCGCGCGCCCGCGGCUCCAAGGCCGCGUGCACGGGCAGGAUGAGGAGCAGGGCGGAGCCGGGCUUUGCGCCGGGUGACGGCACCUCUCUCCACACUCCGUCUCCUACAGAAACCAGCCUGCGGUGACCGUCGUCCCCAGCUGUCCAGCCGUGGUGGGCAGCUGUUCUGCGGUCCCCGAUGAUGCUCCCCGUUGACGUGUCCGCAGCACAAACCCACCACAGCCAGGGCUGGCCUCGGCCCGAGACCCAGCACGGGCUGGAGACCAAACCUCCUGCCUGUCCUUGAGC